GUAUGCAGCUCAUUGUGGAGUAAAAAGUAGUAAAAAUACGGCGCGAAACUUUCUGUUUCGGGCUUUGGUGAGCAAGUCGUCAUCAACAGUCAACAAAAUCCUAGGCUAGUCAACAGUUGAACAGUCGUGAGUCGUGAGUGAGCGAGUGGACGGACGGGUGAGCGAUCAUUUCAGCCAUUUGGCAAGGAGAUCUCAGUUCCCUGUUAACCCCAGUGAGAUUACCCAGCCUGACGUGCCCUCCAUUUCUGCUCAGACCUACCACAGACGCCACAGAAAAAUAUCGACAUGUCUGCUGAGGGAUCUUCAUCCUCGUCUGCUCAAGUGGAUCCUUCUGAAAAGGCUGAAGUCAUGAAAAAGGCUGACGGACUGUUGGCUCAGGGAAAGCGGAAUAUGGUGUGCGGAGAGGUCAUGAAAGCUGUCAGUUUUUUCGAGGAAGCAGUUAAAAUCCUAGUAAGCGAGUGUGGUGAGAUGUCAAGAGAUUGUGCAGAUGCUUACUACAACUAUGGAGGAGCUCUCUUAGAGCUGGGUCGCAUCGAGACAAAUGUCCUUGGGACUGCUCUUGACGGAGUUGAUAUAGAGGAGGAAAAUGACGAGGGAGAAUCUGAAUCUGAUCAGUUUGAGAAGCCUCCUGCCGAUGAUGGAGAAGAGCGACAAAAGCUUCGAGAGCAGGUGUAUGACGCAAUGUGUGAGGAUAUUAGGAAAGAGGCAAAGAAGGAAAAUGGGUCAAAUGCUGAGUCAGGGGUUAAUGGUGAUGUGGACAUGGAAGGACAAGACCAAGCAGAAACGUUGCUAGCUGAAAGUGGGGACAAGGGAUCAGAAAAAGAUGAAAAGAAAUCGGACAGCGAUGAAAAGAAAUUGGACAGUGAUGAAAAGAAAUUGGACAGUGAUGAAAAGAAAUCGGACAGCGAUGAAAAGAAAUUGGACAGUGAUGAAAAGAAAUCGGACAGCGAUGAAAAGAAAUUGGACAGUGAUGAAAAGAAAUCGGACAGCGAUGAAAAGAAAUUGGGUAACGAUGAAAAGAAAUCGGGUAAUGAUGAAAAAGAAUCACAAAGCAAUAAAGAGACAGCUAGUUGUGAGAGUGGAAUGGAGACAGAUGCUACAGAAUCAAAAGACAACGUGGAACGAGACACUGCCACAGAUUCUAAUGUGGGGUUGAAAGAUGAAGACAGGGUGGAAAAAAAUGCCUUGGACACAGAUUCUGUCAUGAAAGAUGAAGACUGUACCAGUGCUGAGAAUAGAGAACAAAGCAAGGUACAGGACACCAGUGAGAAAACAGUAGAAAGAAAACAAGAUAUAGGUGAAGGUAACGGCAAAACUAUUGACAACGAAGGAGAUUCUAAAAAAGAUUCCGACAUGGAUAUUAAUGACAAACAAGAAACAAGUUCUGAAAGUAACAAGGAAAAUAAAGAUGAACCUAAGCCUAAAGUUGAUAAUCUUACCGAAAAUGGAGUCUCUGAGAAAAAGCAAGAAAAGUCCGAUGCAGAUUUGGGAUCGGAUGAUUGUAACAAAGGUGUGAAGUGCCAGUCAUUUCAUCCUCUUCAAGAUGUGACCGAAAUUAAUGAAGUGAACAAAGAACAGGGUUCUGAUUCAGAGGGCAAAAAAUCUGAUUCAGUCAUAAUUGAUAAAAAAGAAAAGGAGAAAGAGCAAGACCUAGAGAAAGUUGGUGAGGAGGAGGCAGAGGAAGUCCAGACUGGGGAGAAAGAGAAUGAUGAAGAGAUGGCAGAUGAUGCUGAAGCAGACAACCAAGACGAUGAUGGAGAAAAUGAGGGCGAAGAGGAAGAAAAUGAAGAAGAUGGAGAAAAAGAAAAUGAGGAAGAUGCUGCAGAUAAAGAAAAUCCAGAGGCAGAAGGGACGGAAGAAAAAGAUGGGGAUGAUUUGGGUCACUUCCAGCUGGCAUGGGAACACCUGGACAUUGCCAAAGUCUUAUACAGCAAGAAAGAAGAGAAAGGAGACCAACUGAAGGCUGCUGAGUGUUUGAUCAAACUUGGGGAGCUGGGCAUGGAAAUAGAGCAACACGAAACUGCUGCCACGGACCUCGAGGCGGCUCUGGUCAUCCAGAAGAAAUACCUGGCGGAGGACAACCGAUCCCUCGCCGAGACACACUACCAGCUGGGCUUGGCUUACAGCCUGACGAAGGAGUUUGAGAAGGCCAUUCAGGCAUACCAGUCGGCAAUCAGUGUCAUUGAGGCUAAAAUAGUGUCACUGAAUAAACUUAUUGAGGAGAAAGAGGAGGGUGCUGAUAACAAAGAAAACUGCGAGACAGAUGCUCUGAUGAAGUACAAAGAAGAGAUCAAGGAGCUGCAGGAAAUCAUACCAGAGAUGAGGAACAAGAUCGAGGACACUAAAGUGGAAGAAAGAGACCUGCAGAAGAUGAGGGAAAUGGCUUGUGAAAUGUUGGGACUAUCAAGUGCCUCAAAGGGAUUUGGCUCCCCUUCAAAGAGAGUGAAUUUGAAUGGAGCAGGCAGCAGUGAAAGUGCAGAUGUCGAUGAGAAUGGAGAGAAAAAACCUAAAGAUAUUGCUCACUUAGUGAGGAGAAAGAGGAAACCGGAGGAUGAUGAACCCAUCUCAAGUGCUCUUGAAUUGAAGAAAAUUCGCCAGGAGGAAACAGCUAGCAGCGACGUCAAGCCUGUUACCGAAAACGGUGCCGCAAGCACAGAGGAGAUAAAUACACAUACUCCCUCAGAAGAAAAGAAAAAAACAGAGGAGCCCAUGACCUCGUGAAAAUGUCUGGACCAGACGUGACAUGACGAAUGAUUGAAAGUAUUUACUGUUACCGUACACAACUGCCACUCUAUGACCUCUCACUAGCCCUUUUUUCAUACGGGGUGAAAUUCUGAGAAGUUUCAGCAUUCUUAUUUUGAUAACGUUUGUCGUAACAUCUUUUUGAUCAUUGUACUUGAGUUUAAUUUUUUGCCCUCUCUCCAUGUAUGGAAUUUAUGCGUGAUUCAGUGCAUACAGUACUUUGCGCACAUGUUCAUGCCUUAUCUUCCUCUUGUAAAUUGGAAAUGAUUAUAUUUGUUCGUGAUAUUGAUGAAUAGAUUCAAGUAAAAAGAA